AGCCUCUGGCUGACCAUGGCCCUGCCAGCCCUGGGCCUGGACCCCUGGAGCCUCCUCGGCCUUUUCCUCUUCCACCUGCUCCUGCUGCUGCUGCCGAUGCCGACAACGACCACAGGGGAAGGUGGGCAGGGGCCCGUGCCCAGGGUCAGAUACUAUGCGGGGGAUGGACGCAGGGCUCUUAGCCUCUUCCACCAGAAGAACCUCCAGGAUUUUGACACUCUGCUCUUGAGUGGUGAUGGAGACACUCUCUAUGUGGGGGCCCGAGAAGCCAUUCUAGCCUUGAAUAUCCAGGAUCCAGGUGUGCCAAAGCUAAAGAACAUGAUAUCCUGGCCGGCCAGUGACAAAAAAAAGAGUGAAUGUGCCUUUAAGAAGAGCAAUGAGACACAGUGUUUCAACUUUAUCCGCGUCCUGGUCUCUUUCAAUGCCACCCACCUCUACGCCUGCGGCACCUUUGCCUUCAGCCCUGCCUGUACCUUCAUUGAACUCCAAAAUUCCUCCCUGUUGCCCAUCUUGGAGGACAAGGUUGUGGAGGGGAAAGGCCAAAGCCCCUUCGACCCUGCCCAUAAGCACACGGCUGUCUUGGUAGACGGAAUGCUCUAUUCGGGCACCAUGAACAACUUCCUGGGCAGUGAGCCCAUCCUGAUCCGCACGCUAGGAUCCCCGCCUGUCCUCAAGACGGACAAUUACCUCCGCUGGCUGCAAUCGGACGCCUCCUUUGUGGCCGCCAUCCCUUCUACUCAGGUCGUCUACUUCUUCUUUGAGGAGACAGCCAGCGAAUUCGAGUUCUUCGACAAGCUCCGAACUUCCAGAGUAGCCAGAGUCUGUAAGAACGACAGGGGUGGUGAAAAGCUGCUGCAGAAGAAAUGGACCACCUUUCUGAAGGCCCAGCUGCUUUGCUCCCAGCGCGAUCAGCUGCCCUUCAACCUCAUCCGCCACGCCGUCCUGCUGCCGGACUCCACCGAUCCCCACGUCUACGCAGUCUUCACCUCUCAGUGGCAGAUUGGAGGGACCAGGAGCUCUGCUGUCUGUGCCUUCUCUCUCAAGGACAUCAAGCGUGUCUUUGAGGGAAACUACAAGGCGUUGAACAAAGAGACUUCACGGUGGACUUCUCAUGAGGUGCCUGAUGAUAUCAGCCCUCGGCCAGGCAGUUGCUCGGUGAGCCCCUCCUCCGAUAAAGCCUUGACCUUCAUGAAGGACCACUUCCUGAUGGAUGAGCAGGUGGUGGGAACGCCCCUGCUGGUGAAGUCUGGUGUGGAGUACACACGACUUGCAGUGGAGGCCGUCCGGGGCCUCGAUGGGAACAGCCAUGUGGUCAUGUACCUGGGUACCACCACGGGCUUCCUGCACAAGGCUGUGGUGAGAGGGGACAGCAGAGCUCACCUGGUGGAGGAGAUCCAGCUGUUCCCCGACCCUGAGCCUGUUCGAAACCUGCAGCUGGCCCCGACCCAGGGUGCACUGUUUGCAGGCUUCUCAGGAGGUGUCCUGAGGAUUCCCCGAGCCAACUGCAGUGUGUAUGGGAGCUGUGUAGACUGUGUCCUUGCCCAGGACCCCCACUGUGCCUGGGACCCUGAGUCUGGAACCUGCCGCCUCCUGCCCACCUCCAGCCCGAAGUCCUGGAGGCAGGACCUGGAGAGGGGGAACCCACAGUGGGCGUGUGCCAGUGGCCACAUUGCCCGGAGCCUCCGGCCCCAGAGCCGCCCCCAAAUCAUUAAAGAAGUCCUGGCUGUCCCCAACUCCAUCCUGGAGCUCCCCUGCCCCCGCCUCUCAGCCCGGGCCUCUUACCGCUGGAGUCAUGGGGCAGCACCAGUCCCCAAAGCCUCUUCCAUGGUCUACAAUGGCUCCCUCUUGCUGCUACUGCGGGAUGGGGCGGGGGGUCUCUACCAGUGCUGGGCCACUGAGAACGGCUUCUCAUACCCUGUGGUCUCGUACUGGGUGGACAACCAGGACCAGCCGCUGGCCCCGGACCCUGCACUGGCAGGCAUCCCCCGAGAGCGCGUGGAGGCCCCGCUGACCAGGAUUGGUGGGGGCGCUGCCAUGGCUCCCCAGCGGUCCUACUGGCCCCACUUCCUCACCGUCACCGUACUGCUUGCCUUAGUGCUUUCCGGAGCCCUCAUCACCCUCCUUGCCUCCCCACUGGGGGCGCUCCGAGCCCGGGGCAAGGUCCAGGGCUGUGAGACCAAGACCCCCGGAGAGAAGGCCCCAUUGAGCAGGGAGCAGCACCUCCAACUUCCCAAGGAACGCAGGACCUCUGCCAACGAUGUGGAUGCCGACAACAACCACCUGGGAACUGAGGUGGCUUAAACUCUGGGCACAGACUGGGCCUACGGGCAAGGACACGGCACCUGGCCGUGCUGACCGGGCAGCCUGGAGCAGUGCAGACCUCACCAGUGCGGGAGUAGCACAAAAGACCACCUUCCUCCCGUGACAGUAGCUUCACUGCCACUCUGUAACAC